CUUCCGCUUUCACUCUCGCGUACGGGGCGCCUCCGGCCUAGCCCGGCCCCCUCUAGCGGUGCCUCUGAGCCCGAGCUCCUCCUCAGCUUUCGGGGGAUGUCGCGCCCGAGCAGCGUCUCCCCUCGGCCUCCCGGAGGCGGAGGCGGCGGCGGUCCUCCCAGCGGGGGCCCGUCCACCGCCGCCGCCUCGUCCUCGUCGUCCUGCUCCGGCCGGACCAAAGGGCUGAAGGACAUUCGCAUCGACGAGGAGGUGAAAAUCGCCGUGAACAUCGCUCUGGAGAGGUUCCGAUAUGGGGACCAGCGAGAAAUGGAAUUUCCUUCCUCCUUGACUAGUACUGAAAGAGCCUUCAUUCAUCGACUGAGUCAAUCGCUUGGUUUGAUUUCUAAAAGUAAAGGGAAAGGUGCAAGCAGAUAUUUAACUGUGAAGAAAAAAGAUGGCUCAGAGUUGGCACAUACAGUAAUGACAUGUAAUUUGAUUCCCAACACAAAACAUGCUAUUAGAAGCCUUGUACAGCGAUUUCCAGUCACCAAUAAAGAGCGCACCGAGCUUCUACCAAAGACAGAGAGAGGAAAUGUUUUUGCUGUUGAAGCUGAGAAUAGAGAAAUGAGCAAAACAAGUGGGCGACUUAACAAUGGCAUUCCUCAAAUCCCAGUGAAACGGGGAGAAUCUGAAUUUGAUUCGUUUCGGCAGUCUCUACCAGUUUAUGAGAAGCAGGAUGAAAUUGUUAGAAUUAUUAAAGAAAAUAAAGUUAUUUUGAUUGUGGGGGAAACUGGAUCAGGAAAAACUACUCAGAUUCCCCAGUUUCUACUUGAUGACUGCUACAAAAAUGGAAUACCAUGUCGCAUAUUUUGCACUCAGCCAAGACGUUUGGCAGCAAUUGCUGUGGCUGAAAGGGUUGCUGCUGAAAGAAGAGAGAAGAUUGGGCAGACGAUUGGCUAUCAAAUCCGAUUGGAAAGCAGGGUCUCUCCAAAGACGCUUUUAACAUUUUGCACUAAUGGUGUAUUACUUCGUACAUUAAUGGCAGGAGAUAGUGCACUGUCAACUGUAACUCAUGUUAUUGUGGAUGAAGUCCAUGAGAGAGAUCGGUUCAGCGACUUCUUGUUAACAAAGUUAAGAGAUACACUACAAAAACACUCAUCGUUGAAACUCAUACUUUCUAGUGCUGCCCUGGAUGUGAACCUCUUUCUCAGAUAUUUUGUUGGCUGUCCAGUGAUAUAUAUACCAGGAAGACCAUUUGAAGUAAAAGAGAUGUUCCUUGAAGACCUACUAAGAAGCACAGGCUAUACGAAUAAAGAGAUGAUCAAAUACAAAAAGGAAAAACAGCGAGAGGAAAAACAACAGACAACUCUGACUGAGUGGUAUUCUGCACAAGACAACAGCAAGCCAGAAUUGCAGCGCCAGAGAGCAAUACCGAAUGUGGCUGAAGAAUAUGAUCUGUUGGAUGAUGGCGGUGACACAGUGUUCAGUCAGUUGGCUGAAAAAGAUGUCAACUGCCUUGAACCUUGGUUAAUUAAAGAAAUGGAUGCUUGUCUCUCUGAUAUUUGGCUACACAAAGACAUUGAUGCCUUUGCACAGGUGUUCCACCUUAUUUUAACUGAAAAUGUCAGUGUUGACUACAGGCACAGCGAGACAAGUGCAACGACUUUAAUGGUAGCUUCUGGAAGGGGUUUCUUGAGUCAAGUAGAACAGCUGAUUGGUAUGGGAGCAAACAUUCACAUCAAAUCAUCCAAUGGCUGGACAGCUUUAGACUGGGCUAAGCACUUCGGACAGACAGAAGUGGUUGAUCUGUUGGAGUCUUAUUGUGCCUCACUAGAGUCGGGUAAUCUUGAUGAAAGUUCUUUGGUCCAUGCAAAUGCUAGUGAACUCAGUGCAGAAGACAGAGAACUCCUAAAGGCUUAUCAUCACAGCUUUGAUGAUGAAAAAGUAGAUCUCGACCUGAUCAUGCACCUGCUAUACAACAUCUGUCACAGCUGUGAUGCAGGAGCGGUUUUAAUUUUCCUUCCUGGAUAUGAUGAGAUUGUUGGCUUGAGAGACCGCAUCCUUUUUGAUGACAAGAGGUUUGCUGAUAAUGCUCACAGGUUCCAAGUUUUUAUGCUGCAUUCAAAUAUGCAGACAUCAGAUCAGAAGAAGGUUCUAAAGACCUCUCCCCCAGGCAUCCGCAAAAUAAUUCUUUCUACAAAUAUUGCCGAAACCAGCAUCACAGUUAAUGAUGUUGUCUUUGUGAUUGACUCUGGAAAAAUGAAGGAGAAGUCUUUUGAUGCAUUGAACUGUGUGACCAUGCUGAAGAUGGUAUGGAUUUCUAAAGCUAGUGCCGUUCAGAGAAAGGGCAGGGCAGGACGUUGUCGACCUGGAAUUUGUUUCCGACUUUUUAGUAGACUCAGAUUUCAAAAUAUGCUGGAAUUUCAGACCCCAGAACUACUAAGAAUGCCUCUACAGGAGCUUUGUUUGCAUACAAAAUUGCUAGCUCCCAUCAACUGUCCAAUUGCUGACUUCUUGAUGAAAGCUCCAGAACCACCUCCGGCUUUAAUCAUAAGAAAUGCUGUACAGAUGCUUAAGACAAUAGAUGCUAUGGAUACCUGGGAGGAUCUGACAGAACUUGGCUAUCAUCUGGCUGACUUACCAGUAGAACCUCAUCUUGGCAAAAUGGUGCUGUGCGCCGUUGUUUUGAAGUGCCUGGAUCCUAUUCUGACAAUAGCAUGUACCCUUGCAUAUCGCGACCCAUUCGUGUUACCUACACAGGCCUCUCAAAAGCGUGCAGCCAUGCUGUGUAGAAAGAGAUUUACUGCAGGAACAUUUAGUGACCAUAUGGCUCUUCUCCGGGCUUUUCAGGCAUGGCAAAAGGCGCGAAGCGAUGGCUGGGAACGAGCUUUUUGUGAGAAGAAUUUCCUUUCUCAGGCAACAAUGGAGAUUAUCAUAGGAAUGAGAACACAGCUGCUUGGGCAACUCAGAGCAUCAGGUUUUGUAAGAGCCAGAGGUGGUGGCGACAUAAGAGAUGUUAACACCAACUCUGAGAACUGGGCUGUGGUGAAAGGUGCCUUAGUAGCUGGAAUGUACCCCAACAUAGUUCACGUUGACAGAGAGAACAUUGUUUUGACUGGGCCAAAAGAAAAAAAAGUUAGAUUUCAUCCUACCUCAGUUCUUAGCCAGCCCCAGUAUAAAAAGAUUCCCCCAGCAAAUGGUCAAGUGGCAGCUAUUCAGGCACUUCCCACGGACUGGCUCAUAUACGAUGAAAUGACAAGAGCCCACCGCAUAGCCAAUAUCAGGUGCUGCUCAACUGUGACGCCAGUCACUGUGGCCCUCUUCUGUGGAUCAGCUAGGUUGCCAAGUAAUGCUUUGCAGGAGCCUUCCUCCUUCAGAGUGGAUGGUGUUCCUAAUGACAGCAGUGAUAGUGAGAUGGAAGACAGAACUACUGCUAACUUGGCUGCCUUGAAACUGGAUGAAUGGCUUCAUUUCAAAUUAGACCCAGAGGCUGCUAGCCUACUCCUGCAAUUGAGGCAGAAAUGGCAUAGUUUAUUUUUACGGCGCAUGAGAGCUCCUUCAAAGCCCUGGUCUCAAGUUGAUGAGGCAACCAUACGAGCAAUCAUUGCUGUUUUAAGCACGGAAGAACAGUCUGCAGGUCUACAACAGCCUUCGGGAAUUGGGCAAAGACCAAGACCCAUGUCAUCUGAAGAACUUCCUGUAGCGUCUUCAUGGAGAUCAAACACUAGCCGAAAAAGCUCAGCAGAAGCAGAAUUCGCAGAUGAUGCUUUUAAUGCUGAAAGAAAUCCCCCCAAAGCAACUUUAAGCUAUGAUAUAAACAAAGAACAGAACAAUACAAUAUUAAGAGUUCUAAUGAAGUCUGCAUCUCCAGCAUUUCACCAACCCCUGAAAUACAAAGAGAGAAGUGUUUUGCAUUCCAAACGAAGUACAGAUGAUAGGUCAGACCAGUCGUCUGUGAAAUCUACAGACAGCAGCAGUUACCCCAGCCCCUGUGCCAGUCCUUCUCCGCCAUCAUCUGGGAAGGGCUCCAAGUCUCCUUCUCCAAGACCAAAUAUGCCAGUUCGAUACUUCAUUAUGAAAAGCAGCAACCUGAGAAACCUUGAGAUUUCACAGCAGAAGGGGAUUUGGUCUACAACCCCAAGUAAUGAGCGAAAACUGAACCGAGCCUUUUGGGAGAGCAGUGUUGUUUACUUAGUAUUUUCUGUUCAGGGUUCGGGACACUUUCAGGGCUUUGCUCGAAUGUCUUCAGAGAUUGGACGUGAGAAGAGUCAGGAUUGGGGUUCUACUGGCUUAGGAGGAGUAUUCAAGGUGGAGUGGAUCCGGAAAGAAAGUCUUCCUUUUCAGUUUGCUCAUCAUUUGCUCAACCCUUGGAACGACAACAAGAAAGUACAAAUAAGUCGGGAUGGCCAGGAACUGGAACCUCAGGUUGGUGAACAGUUGCUACAGCUCUGGGACCGUAUUCCUUUAGGAGAGAGAAACGCUGCUGAUUGAAAAUACGACGGGCAACUUUUGAGUUCCACCUCCGGUGAAAUAGAUAAUGUGCUAAGAUCACCAAUGCACCUAAAGAAGGAAAUGCCAGAUGGAAAUGGGCUGCAGGCAUUCAGCAGCACUCCUCUAGCACAGACUAGAUUUGAUGCUGUGUUCUGGUUUGAAGGAAACCACAUGGACUGCUCUUAUUUUCAUUGAGAAGUUUGUUCUUUUUCAAUCACUUUGAAGUUUCAAAUGUUAAGACACCCAAACUCCAAAUGGUGGGUCACCAAAGCAGACCGAAUCUGCUGUUGAAAUUUUAACAGUGUUGUAAUUUAAAGCAGUAGGUCUGGGAACAAUGAGUAAUAUUCAUCUUGAUAGAAUCCUGUUCCGACAAGGCUCAAGGGAAAAUAAAUGGAGGUACAGAUUCGAAGUCGAAAGGGUUGUGAACACCUCCUGCUACUGGACUAAAACAUUGAGUGGACAUAUCAGUGAAAAGAGCCUCCUCCCCUCAGAUUAAAUCCAAUUUAAAUGAUGAGUGCCUUUUGUCAGAAAGCUGGCUUUGGGGUGUUUUAAUUUUGACCUUAUUCUGUGUCCAUUAUGCACUUGCAGAAAUAGGCAUGGAUUUCCUAAUUCUUUGCUUGUAGCGGGUACAUCAGGAACAGCCUCUUCAGUUUUGAAGGAAAGGGCACUUUAAGGAACCAUUUUGUUUUGAUUAUCCUUCCUCUUUAAACAAUCACCAGCAACUUUUUUCUCCUUCCCAAAAUUGCCUACAAGUUCCUUGUAGUGCUCCCUUUUGAUUUUCUUUCUCACUUGCCAUAUUUCUUUUGACUUGAUUUGUCUAAAUAGCUCCCUCCUACAUUGUGGAAAUAUAUAAGCUGUUGUACUUUGCUUGUACAACCCACUCAGUCUCUUUCCUGUAGUUUUGGUUUUUUUAAAAGCACGAUGGCCAAAUCAGCUUUUCUGCAGAGCAUUUGAACAGGGAUGGUUUUAAGUUUAAUUACUGAGCAGUCUUCUAAGUUAAGAAUGUUACAAAGGCAAUUCUUUGCCACAAACCACUAAUAAAAGGAUAAAACUACAGUGGAUUAGCUUUUUCGUGAAUUUGGGAUUUGAAUUUCUUGGCUUUUGCAUUUUAUUGUUAAGGGUUUUUUACAUUUUCAUGUAUAGAUUAUUUGUGAUCUUUGAGCAUGUGUAAUUGAGUUCCUCUGUACAUCUCAUCGCAUUUUCUUGUUAACUUUUAUUAACUAAUGCCAGUCAUUUACCAGUUUACCAGUUUUAAGUUGGAAAUAAGAUGUAUUUAGAAUAAAGCCAUUUUGAUUUUAA